GUCCACCCAGCCAGCUGCUCCCCCAACCCCACGGGCUCCCUCCGCUCCGAUAAACCCUAGCUUCUUCCUCCUCGGGCCGGACCCGCCCGCCCCCCGCCGACCUGCUGGCCGCCAGGUUGAUUAGCUGCAGUUUCGCAGAGGCACCAUGCCUGCUGGUGACAACCCACGCUCAAUUUCGGAGAAAAAGGCAGCAUUGAGGGAGUCACCUAAACAGUCCAAGAAUGCUGCUGUUAAUCAGCAAGCCAGAGCUCCUCCUUUUCCUAAAGACAAAGCUGCUGAGACCGUUGGCAUCAAGAGGCCACAACCUAAUGGCCCCUUGAGCGCAACCAACCAUCAUGUGCCAGGAAAUCCAGGGGCAAACGGUCAUCUUGUAUAUGUGCGCAGGAAGGUUGAAACCGACCAAAGCAAAGGGGGCGCUACUUCUGGAGCAGAAAGCGCUACUUCUCUGAGCUCAAAGAAACCUGGUAUAUGUGGACCGCAGGAACAAAGUUUGAAGCGUCAGAGCAGUGUGCCUAAUACUCAAUCAGCUCCUGUUUCUGCAUCUCCUGCUGCAUCUGCUUCCAUCCCUGCUUUGCACUCUGCAAGUUUGCCGGCUAACCUUUCUUUUGGGAAGCAAUCUCCAGGAAAGGUUUCCGCUCAGCCUAGUGUUGCUGUGACUGCUAGUCCGCCACAGCGAAAUGUUGUGUCUACUGGAAUGCCUCAGAAUUUCACAGCUGCUAAUACUUCUAGUCUGCCGCAGUGCAAUAUUGUGUCUACUACAAUGCCUCAGAACUUCACAGCUGCUAAUAAUUCUAGUCUGCCACAGCGCAAUGUUGUGUCUACUGCAAUGCCUCAGAACUUUACAGCUGUUAAUGCUUCUAGUCCGCCUCAGCGCAAUGGUGUGUCUACUGCAAUGCCUCAGAACUUUACAGCUUCUAAUACUGCUGGUCUGCCGCAGCGCAGUGUUGUGUCUACUGCAAUGCCUCAGAACUUUACAGCUGCUAACACUGCUAGUCCACCUCGGCGCAAUGUUGUGUCUACUGCAAUGCCUCAGAACUUUACAGCUGCUAACACUCCUAGUCCGCCUCAGCGCAAUGUUUUGUCUACUGCAAUGCCUCAAAACUUUACAACUGCUAGCACUGCUAGUCCGCCUCAGCGCAAUGUUGUGUCUACUGCAAUGCCUCAGAACUUUACAGCUGCUAAUACUGCUAGUCCAACACACCGCAAUGUUGUGUCUGCCGCAGUGCCUCAGAACUUUACAACUGUUAGUAUGGCACAUUGUAAUGUUGCGGCUACUAGUACAGCGUCUCGUGAUGCUGUAGUUACUACUACAACACGUAGUCCGGCCAGUUUGCAAAGAUCAAGCAAUCAAGAUUGGAAAGAGAGGUUUAUCCGCUUGCAGGAAUUCUUGAAAAACAAUGAGCAAUCAGGACAGGAAGAAUAUAUUCGCAUGCUCCACUCUUUGUCAUCUGUUGGUCGGAGCAAGCAUGCAAUUGAGCUGGAGAAACGAGCAGUCAAUCUCUUGAUUGAAGAAGGGAAGGAGCUACAGAAGAUGAAAUCUCUGAAUGUACUUGGCAAGCUUCCACCCGCUGAUCAUCCAUCAGUACCAACACAGCCCACAUUUGCUAUGCGCCUGCCAUUCCAGCCAUUCCCACCCCGCCGUUGAAACGAGCGAAACCAAAUGUCUCUGCAUAAACUUCCUGACGGGCUUUUGCCAUCUGAAUGCUGCAAUAUGGUUGACAUUCUUCCCUUCUCGAGAAUAAGUUGAUAUGCAUACCUCGGAGGCUUGAUGUAGCUCAACCGACCCACUCCGGGAGUGCAAAGAGCGUGUGAUUGUAGCACACGAGUGCUGUAAAGAAGGGACUAAUCUAAUGUAACUUAUGAACUCCAAAUAGAACUGCUUAGACUGGUAUCCCAGGCCAUUGCCCUGUUACACUGAACAAUGGUGCAUGUGAUUCUCAAACCACCCUAAUCUCUGCCCAGUAUAUUCAACUAGUUGCUUUGCUGCA